AUGGCGAGCUUCCGAAUCCCUGCACUGCGCCAUAUUACCUUAUCUACAGCGCCAUGUUUACGAGUGACGCAGCGCAGAUGGGCUCGAGUGCAUGAUAUCCGUUGUUUGGGAACCCAGCAGCCCGACAGGAUCUUAGAUAAAUACAAGGAGAAAUUAAAUAGGAAGGCAAAGGAGAAGGGGCUUCAAGAUAUCAAUGAAUUAAAGCGGGCUUACCAGGACAAAAUUGACAAACUGAAGAAAGACGCCUCCAUCGAAGUACCUAUUCCAAAUGUGCCCUCUCCAUCCCCAGACCCAGCAUCUGCGACAAGUUCUUCGCCGUUCCCACCACCUCCUCCGGCACCCCGGAUACCCACCGAGAAAGCCCCAACCUCGACUCCUGCCAUUAAAAAUCUAUCAUCCUACCUAGACCUCGAAAAGACCCGAGCCCUGCCAGAGAAAGAAUUAGAAGCAAUAUGGCGCUUGCGGCAUGCCCACGACUCCCAAUCUCUCUGUGCUGUCAUCCCUCUCCCCGUAUAUAAGACCUUCGAAGCUACAGCGAAACAAUACCCACAUUUUGUUCUACCCCUUCCAAAAGAAGGGCACGGUGCCGAGAUACACUUUUUGCAGUGGACAUUCCCUGCCCCAAACACGGUCACAGUCCUAUUCACUCAUUUAGCGGAAUAUAAAUUGAGGGGUGAAUACAGCCAGCCACAUACAACCAUUACCCAUCACUUAGAGUUGGCCGAGGAUAAAGGGGUUGUGAUGUUGUUGGGCCAGGUUACAGAGGGGAGAGGUGUGAGUGUUGAUGAGGCAAAGUGGUUAGUGAUGUGUUUGCAGAAGUUUUACGGCGCGAGUGGUGAGAAAGAGGAGAGGAGGAGACUAUUAGAGAUGUUUGGGAAAGGGGAUGCUGCGUUUAAUAUUGAGGAUUUGUUAGAAGAGGCGGAAAAGGCUGUCUAG